GUCAUUUGACUCUCUCUCUAUUUUUCUCUCUCUAAGCUACUACUAAUAAGCUAAUCUACCUCUGUUCUCUUUUGUUUCAUAUACAGUCCUGUACACUUCUUCUUCUUUACUCAAUCCUUCAUUUAUUACACACACUUCCCACAAUACAAUACUCACUCACCAUCAUAAUCUCUCUCACUCUUCUUUUUCUCCAUCUAUGUUUCCCUUCUUCCAUUUUUCCCCAUAACCAUGACGGGUACUAAUCAAAUCAGCCCCAGUGAAUCCAGGAGUGUUGUUCCUUUGAAUACCUAUGUACUAAUUUCAAAUUUCAAGCUUGCUUACAAUCUUCUCCGACGAGCAGAUGGAACAUUCAACCGAGAUUUAGCAGAGUUUCUCGACAGGAAAGUGCCGGCAAACGCGGUUCCCGUCGACGGGGUAUUCUCAUUCGAUCAUGUAGAUCGAAACACCGGUCUAUUCAAUCGAGUUUAUCUACCGUCUUCGGUGAAUGAAUCUCAAUGGGGUGUUAUAGAUUUAGAGAAGCCAUUGAGCACAACAGAGAUUGUUCCUGUUAUAAUAUUCUUCCAUGGAGGAAGCUUCUCUCAUUCAUCAGCAAACAGUGCAAUCUACGACACGUUUUGCAGAAGACUGGUAAGCCUCUGUAAAGCCGCGGUUGUUUCGGUUAAUUACCGACGCUCCCCGGAGCAUCGGUUUCCAUGUUGUUAUGAAGACGGUUGGAAUGCACUCAAAUGGGUGAAAUCGAGAAAAUGGCUUCAAAGUGGGGUGGAAAAGAAUGUCCAUGUUUAUAUGGCGGGUGAUAGUUCAGGUGGGAAUAUAGUUCAUCACGUAGCAGUGAAAGCCUCUGAGGAGAAAAUCGAUGUUUUGGGGAACAUUCUUCUUCAUCCAUUGUUUGGUGGUGAAAAGAGAACAGAUUCUGAGAUUAGAUUAGAUGGAAAGUACUUUGUUAGAUUGCAAGACCGUGAUUGGUAUUGGAGAGCUUUUUUACCAGAAGGUGAAGAUAGAGACCAUCCAGCUUGUAACCCGUUUGGCUCUAAAGGGGUAAAGAAUCUAAAAGGACUUAACCACUUUCCCAAAAGUCUUGUUUGUGUUGCUGGUUUGGAUCUUUUGCAAGAUUGGCAAUUGGCUUAUGUGGAAGGUUUGAGGAAGUUUGGUCAAGAGGUUAAACUUCUUUACCUUAAGGAGGCUACUAUUGGUUUUUACUUCUUGCCUAAUAAUGAUCAUUUCUAUUGCCUUAUGGAGGAGAUCAAGAACUUUGUUAAUCCUAAUUGUUAAUACUACUAUUACUACUAAACCUUACCCUUACUUAACAAAAGGUUCAAUUUUUCAUUUGGGUUAUUAUGUUUUUUUUAGUGUUUGUACUUUUUUUUUAUUACAACUUAGUAGUGUAAUGGUGUGUACUUAUAGAAUUAUGAAGCAUUACUAACUAUUAUUAUAACAUGUAUGGUGGUUAAUUUAAGAGAUGAGAUUGAACAUUAGGUAUUGAAAAUUGAUUGAUGGUUUUGUAUUUGGGGAUUGUAUUUUCCUCUUGUAGUGCUAAUUAGUGAAGGUUAUUACAUGGAGAA